UGGAAAAUAAAUACAUCAUAUUACAAUGUUGAGAAAUGGUGGAAGUUACGAUAUUUUAAAACGUUUUCGAAGAUUAUUCGACAAUAUUUCUUUUAAUCGUAGAUUAUUUAUAAUUAUUAUACUAAUCGGUGGAUUCCUUUUAUACUUUGGUUCAAGUUUAGCUCAGUGGUUUUUUUUUAAUAAUCGAACAUUACCAAAAGCUUACGAAGACAAUUGUAUCGAAGAGAGAUUAGCUAGCUCUUAUUUGGAUGCUGAUGUUUAUGAUGCAGCAAUUAUUGAACAUAAUAUUCAUAAUGAUGAAUCAUUAACAUCAACAGAACAUAAUAACCUAUUGCCUUAUAUUGGCAAUGGGGUUUUUGGAGUUCAAGUUCUUCCAUCUAAUGGUCGUUUAUAUAUAAAAGAAGGGAAAACGCUGUCGCUGUAUACACAAUGGGAUCCGUUAAUUACUGUGAUACCUGAUAACAGUGUUCAACGUCAGUUUUCUGUUAUACAAUUUACACAAGGAAUUGUUAAUGAGUAUCAGUGUAUUAGGGAUGGUUAUUACGUUGAACACAAGUAUUAUGCGCAUCAAAUUUUAAAUGGAAUAUUUAUUCAAGAAAUAAGUAUUUCUAAUCCAACUUCAUUACCACAAAAAGUUGCAUUAAAAUUAGCUGAAAAUUCGCAAUGGACUGAAAAUGAAUCUAUAAACAUUCAAGUAGAUGGAAAUAAUUAUAAGUACAUUGUUACAUCUUCGUUUGUACCUUUAUCGAAUUCAGACGAAAAAGUUGCAAUAACAAUCAUUUAUACUACUCCACCGAAAUCUCUAACAAUUAAACCAAAAAGUACGAUAAAAUUAGAAUAUUUAACAAGUAUAUACUACAGUAAUAAACUGCAGAAUUUGGCACAGUAUGAUGUUGAACGUAAAAAUACAGAAAAAAAAGCUCUAAAAGCUUUAAAAGAUGCCCUAAAUAUACAGCAGCAACGUGGCCUGCUAAAUCAACAUACAAGUAUUUGGCAAAGCUAUUGGAAUACUGGUUUUAGCAUUAGCAAAUCGAAAGCUAAAGGAUCUUUAAAUGGAGAUAAAAUAAACUCAACUAUAUAUUAUGUACUAUCUCAAAUAUCCAAAAGCAUCCCUAACGUUGAAAAAUCUAUAUCUAACAAUGAAGGAUGCUACCGGGGUCAUCAUACACUUAAUGCACCAAGACUGUGGAAGGAUAUAUCUACGAUAGAUGAUGUUAAUGCUAUUGUUAAAGCUUGGAUAAUAACACUUGAAAACCAAGGUUGUCAUCAUUUGAUGACAGGAGGACCUUCAGCUGUUCAACAAGCUAUUAUUUUAAGUCUUGGUGGAUUAAGAUUCAGUAAUCAACAUUUGGAAUUCAAUAUUGAUCCGCAAUAUCUACAUCGGAAUUAUCUAUUUAGACGGAUAAAUUAUGGAAAUAUCACACACGUUAAUAUUUCUGUGACUGUUGGCAACGAUAAUCGUGCAAUAUUGAGCGUUGCUUUAGAUCGAAGCGAUAGUGAUUAUUACGCAUGUGAUGCUGGUUGUUUAGAUUCACCAGUUCUUCUUAGUCAGUCUUAUACAAAUUUUCCAGUAAAAUUAACAAAACCCCCAACUUCUAUAUUGUAUAUUACGUCCGAUUAUCAACACAUGCAAAAUCUUCGUAAUGCGUUGCAUGUACAUGCAGUAGAAGAAGCUCCUGCACAUGAUCAUCAUGUAAUGGCUUUGCACAAACAUGGCCAUCAACUUGGUGGUUUACCAACUUUCUUUUGGGUCAGUAUUUGUUUUUUAAUUGUCGUUUUCCACAUGUUUUUGUGCAAACUCAUUUUUACUGAAUAUUAUGGCCGUCACGAUCGUCAACAAAGACGAUAUAAUAAGCCAUAAGUUAAUUUAACUAUAUUAUUAUUGUAUAAUUAAAAAUACAUGUGUUAAUGUAUAUUUUCUUAUUAAACAUUAAAAAAAAACGAAUUAAAAUUAUUUA